AGUGUGCUUCAGUGCGCCACACUUUAGUAAGAGGAGUGGGUGAGUUCACCGGCACUCACCAGUGGAGCCACUCUGGCAGCCGCGGCGGCCGCCUCUCGCCCUCCCACGUCGUAAACGACACUGCACUGCCGAUGCGCCUAGCCACCAUCAUACGCCGUACCCUCACACCUUUGCCGAGAGCUCUUCUUCUCACCAGGGCUUCCCUGUCAACCUCACUUCGCUUCUGAAAACAAUUCACACACUCUGGACUUCACAAUAAGGAACCAAGAAGUACUUUUACCCUCCGUUUCUGAAUGACGGGCGGUCGGUUCGACUUUGACGAUGGUGGCACCUACUGCGGAGGCUGGGAGGAGGGUAAAGCCCACGGCCACGGUGUGUGCACUGGACCCAAGGGCCAGGGCGAGUACGCGGGCUCCUGGUCCAACGGUUUCGAGGUGGUUGGUGUCUAUACCUGGCCGAGCGGGAACGUGUACCAGGGCUACUGGGCUCAAGGGAAACGCCACGGACUCGGUGUAGAAACCAAGGGGAGGUGGAUUUACCGGGGAGAGUGGACUCACGGGUUCAAGGGCCGGUACGGAGUCCGACAGAGCCUGAACACACCGGCCAGGUACGAGGGCACCUGGAGUAACGGAUUGCAGGAUGGCUAUGGCGUGGAGACGUACGGUGAUGGAGGUACAUAUCAAGGUCAGUGGACUGGUGGGAUGCGUCAUGGCUAUGGUGUACGUCAAAGUGUCCCAUACGGUAUGGCCUCUGUCAUCCGCUCACCUCUACGGACUUCACUGGCUUCCCUCCGCAGUGAGCAGAGUAAUGGUACAGUACUGCGUGACAGCCUGUCUGACAGUCCUGCUGGCACACGUGGUGGUUUUGUGCUCAACUUCCACUCUGAUGGAGAGGGUUCAGAGAAGAAGAAGAGUCUUUUCCGGCGCGGCUCCCUCUUUGGCAGCCUUCAGCGACUGCGCAAAUCAGACUCACGCUCAUCGAUUUCCAGUAAGCGCAGCUCUGCACACAGUGACACCACCAUGAGCCGCAUCAGUUCAAGCGACGCCAACUCCACCAUUAGCUUUGGAGACGGAGACCCGGGUGAUGAUUACCUGACUCAAGAGGACAAUGUGGAUGCCACCACCACUGAGUCCUACAUGGGAGAGUGGAAGAAUGACAAGCGCAGCGGCUUUGGUGUUUCUGAACGCUCCAACGGCAUGAAGUAUGAGGGUGAGUGGUUGAACAAUAAGCGCCAUGGCUAUGGCUGCACCAUCUUUCCUGAUGGCACCAAAGAAGAAGGGAAGUACAAGAACAACGUGCUGGCCCGGGGCAUCAAGAAGCAGCUGAUCCCACUGAAGAACACCAAGACCAAACAGAAGGUGGAUCGAGCCAUUGAAGGGAGCAGUAAGGCAGCAGCCAUCGCCAGAACAAAAGUGGAGAUUGCCAUUUCCAGGACGUCUCAUGCUCGGGCCAAAGCAGAGGCUGCAGACCAGGCUGCACAGUCAGCCAGUCAGGAUUCAGAUAUUGCCAGAGCUGUGGCCAGAGAGCUUUCCCCAAGCUUCCAUCAGCCAGGCCCGGACUACGUACGGCAGAAGUAUAAUGAGCCAGUAGAGGUGAAGGAGGUUCCUGCAGAGGAGAAAAAGGAAAAAUCUCCAUCAGGGAGCCCUCAUUUCUACCGGAAAGGGACAACACCCACCCAAUCUCCAUCUCAGAGCCCAGGUCCCAGCCCCACUCCUUCACCCACUGCUCUUAAGAAGACUUUUUUUAGCAGUAAAACUCCCACAAAGCCUGCUGGGAAAGAGAACAGAACCCCAACAGCUCAGUCUUUGACAGCAGGCAUAACAAAGGCAGCAUCAAAUCUUUCUCUCAGACAGGAAGUGAGGCAACAGGAGGCUCCUCCAGUUGUCAAACCGGCUGUUACCACGAAAAUCAGCAGUUACCCCAGCAAUGGGCAGAUUCACUCCCAGUACCACGGUUAUUAUGUCAAGGCAGAUGUAAAGAGUCCACCACCCGAUGACCCAACUGGUGUAGAGGAUGAUUUUCACCCAUCAAGCCUUGCACGGUUGCCACCACCUGCCAAACAGAUUCAGACGCCAGCACUGAAAUCCCUGCCAGCCCCUAGUCCUUCACCAGUUCCACCAAAAGAAAGCACCAAAGCACCAGAGCCUCUCAAGCCAAAACGACAGGAAUCAACCAAACCAAAGAGCCUUGCAGAAACCAAGAAAGCUAGUAUGGAAAUACCACCUGAAAUUGUACAUGAGGAGUCGGGUCCUAACUCUAUCUUGGUGGCUCUUGUGAUGCUGUUGAAUGUAGGUCUAGCAAUCAUUUUUGUCCAUUUCCUCACCUGACCAAAUCUCAACUCAGUGGACUCAUCCAAACUAGUCGCACGAGCUGCUAACCCUCCAUCAGCCAAUGGGGCCUUUUUAAAAUUGAUGCCAGUCAGAUCGGCAGACACGGGCAAAACGGAGGACUGAAAAUAGAAUAGUGAAGGAGGAAGAGGAGGAGAAGAAGUGGAGGACAAAAACACAUGGAGAGAGAGAGGGGGAAAAAGGCAGAGAGAGAAAGAUGAAACCACCACCACCACCCCAUCCCCCACCCUCUCUGGAUGGACUGAAUGACUGUCUUUGGUGCCCGAGUCCAACCUGAUUGGACUGGUGAUGAUUUGCGACUCCACUCAGAGUGCAGUGAAAGCUGAAGCAACCAGCUAUGGAUUCUCUAUCAGGGUUAGAAAUAACAGGAGGCCUGGAGAGUUGAGUGAAUGUGAGUGAGUGUGAGGCCUGGCUUCUAUACUGCCUGUAAAUGCCUGUGAUGUGUGUGCUUGUCUGUCUAUAGCUCCAUUUCCAUCCAACUGUUCAGCAAAUAUGGAAGUUUUGAACUGCUGCAAUAAAAGUCUGUGCCUCGUC